AUCAUUGCAGUGGUCAUGGAUGUGUUCACUGACCGGGACGUCUUCCGCGACAUCGUGGACGCGGCGUACAAGCGCUGGAUCCCCGUCUACAUAAUCCUAGAUGAGGAGGGGGUGAAGCUCUUCCUGGAGAUGUGCAGAUGCCUUGACCUCAGUGACUUGCAGAUACGGAAUAUCCGCAUACGUUCCGUGACAGGAGUGGGGUUCUACAUGCCAGCAGGGAAGAUCAAAGGCACGUUGGCAUCCCGAUUCCUGAUGGUGGAUGGUGAGAAGGUGGCCACUGGAUCAUACAGCUUCACAUGGAGUUCAUCCCACAUCGACAGAAACAUCCUGCUCGUCUUGACAGGACAACACGUGGAGAUGUUUGACGUGGAGUUCCGUGAGCUGUAUGCCAUCUCAGAGGAAGUUAAUUUCUACAAGGAGCUGGGUAUUGCUAACCCCUUCCUCCUUGGGAUUGGGAAGCCAGGCCUUCACUCCUCCACUGUGGCUCGGAAGUUCAUUAACCCCAAGUAUGGCUUAGUGGCAGGGGCCACCCGUGGUGAUGUGAUGCUCUGGGCUUCACGUCACAGGCAGGAUAAUCAGGGGAACAUGGAAAAGGAGGAGACAAGCGAGUCAAAGAAACGAUUAAAUCAGUUUCUGAAUGACUUAGUCACCUUGGAGCAAGAGUUCCCAGAGAUUGACCCACCCCUGGAGAACUUGAACAAGCUGAAUCGGAGCCCUCAGAAACUGUUAUCCCGGCUCCACAUGGACCUGAAAAAUAAAUCCAAAUCUAGAGAGUCUAUUCGUGACGUGAAGAAAGAAGAUGCACAGGCCAACUCCAAGCAAGGAAAAAGGUUUGCCAGUGGGCUUUUCAGUCGCAAGGCCAAACGGUCUCCGGGCUCCAGCAUUGAGGCCAAUUCUUUUGCCAGUGAAGGACAUUCAGGAGAAGACCUUGGGAACAUGAAACUGGAAUACGAGCGGCUCAGCAUCGGCCACGCCAGUGUGCGGAGCACUGGAGCCAUCUCAGGUAACCUGGGUCCAAACUCCACCACGAGUGAUAAAACCAAACAAUCUGCCUGUGUGUUAUCUUGA